CCCUGACAGGAACGUGACCUUCCCCCGCCGCUGAGCCUUACGAUGUGGUUUCAGGAUGCCUCGAUGUCCCGUCGACGUCUGGCGCCGCGAGUAAGGGGCACUGGGCUCUUGGUCCUGCUGCUGCUGCCGAGCCUGGGCAUCGCCCGCAAAGGGGGGCUGGCCCUGCAUUGCCCCAAGGACUGCGUGUGUGCCAGCAACAUCAUCAGCUGCUCCAAAGCCAAGCUGGAAGUCUUCCCCACUCACCUCCCUCAGUAUGUCGCUGUCCUGGACUUCAGUCACAACGAGCUGUCGCGCCUGAGGGCGGAAUGGACGCCCAGCCGGCUCCCUCACCUUCGCUCCCUCUUCCUCAGCCACAACGGCCUUUCCUUCAUCUCCACCGAGGCCUUCUUUAAUGUCCCGCACCUCAAGUACUUGGACCUCUCCUCGAACAAAAUCGAGUCGCUGGGCGAGAACCUCUUCAGCAGGCUGCAAGAGCUGGAGGUGCUGCUCCUCUACAGCAACAAGAUCACCAAGAUCGAACGCUCUGCUUUUGAGGAGAUGGCCAGCCUCCAGAAACUCUACUUGAGCCAUAAUGAGAUCUCCCGCUUCCCACUGGAGCUGGUGAAGAAGGAGGAGUCUCAGCUUCCUAAGCUGGCGCUGCUGGACCUGUCUUCGAACAAGAUCAAGGACUUGCAUGUGGAUGUGGUGGACAAGCUCCCGGCCUGGGUGAAGAAUGGCCUCUACGUUCACAGCAACCCCCUCAGCUGCGGCUGUGACCUCUACAACCUCUUUACCCACUGGCAGAAACGGCAGCUCAGCUCAGCUGUGGACUUUGAGGAGGAGCUCAAAUGCCAGGUUCAGGUAAACAGGGACAUCAGAAUUUCCAGCCUCAGUGACCCAGAGGUCAUGAACUGCAGCGAAUUCAAGGAGCAAGUCCUGGAGGUCUACCGUGGGGAGCAAGUCAUCAUCGACUGUGAUACCAGGCAGCGAGGGGUGACCGUUACAGAAUGGAUGACACCCAGAUUUGAGCGUGUCCCUCAGGAGGGGGACAACAGCUCCAUGACUGUGCUGACAAAUGGGAGCCUUCAGAUAAAAAACAUCAGCGUGGAGGACAUGGGCCCAUAUACCUGUAAUGCAGUAAGCCAGGUGUUCAACGAGACCCUCUAUGUGCAUGUCACAGUCCAUAACUACAGCCUGCAUGGGGCCCCAGACACACUCAAUACAGCCUACACCACACUCGUGGGUUGUAUCCUGAGUGUCAUUCUGGUGCUCAUCUACCUUUACCUGACCCCGUGCCGUUGCUGGUGCCGCAACAGCGAGAAGCAGGCUAACCAACAAGAGGACAGUAUCACUUCCUCAGUGCUCAGCACCACCCCCAAUCACAAUGCUGAAGUAGCUGGGGGCAAGGAAGGAUUAAACCGGCACAUGGUGCCAAGCAAUGCACAAGGCCAGAAUGGCAAAUGCAAACCCAGCAGCUCCCCCAAGCAGCCAGCCAAAGGGUCUCAGAAGGCAGAGCGGAAACUGUCAGACGCAGACUCUAUCAGUUCGGUCUUCUCUGAUACGCCCAUUGUGGGAGCCUCGCAGAGUGAAGGAGGGAGAGGCUUGUCAAGUAGAGACAAGGCAGGGGCAGAAUUAGUGGGGCUACUGUGAUAACCUUGGCCAUGGAAAAGAAGAGUGGAAAUAGAUCCACAUCCUUAAGGCAUCGUGGUCAUGCCUGCCUGGUACCUUUCUCCAGUCUGCCACCGUAUGUAAUAUUGCUGUUUUAUCCUCCUCUUGUCAAAGCCCAGUGUUAAAAACCUCAUGUCCCAACUUGCUCUUGAAGCACAGCAGUUCCUGAGCACUCUGAUUUUGGAAUGACAUGAUUCCUCAGCUUUCUCAUUCUGGAACUUUGCUUGCAAACACCCCACUAAAGAAAAGCAGAGGCACAAUGUUAAUGACCCAAUGAACUGCCUAGGUUUUCUGAAUGUGGCUGUUUUAUUUGCAUACCUCCACUGAUGGAACUUCCCUACUAAGCACCUGUGCAGGUACAACAUCCAGAAGAACAGCCCUGUUCAUCUGUUGCAGCAGUACUGGCAAUGCCCUGUGUCAUCUUAAAAACUAACAAUAUUAUUGUGGCAUAAGCUUCCGUAGGUGGCUGCCUACUUCAUCAGAUGCAUGAAGUGGGCCUAGAAACAAUGUCUAGCUAUCCUUCAUGCAAAUUAAACCAUCUCCAUCUCCACAGUAGCUCCUUCGACAGCAGUAGUCCCAAUUAGCCAUAG